CCUUUGCAUCCCUAACCAGUCCGAAGUGACACGCCGCAACACGAGUGCCUUCUUAACAACAGUGUUUUUCCAGUUGGACGUCCUCACAACACCUUACAAAGACGAGAGGCCCAGAGCAUGGUGGCGAGUCUGGAGAAGGGAGGAGGUGGAAAAGGCGGAGGAGAUGAAGACGUGUACACGGUCUCUGUCGUCGGGACCGGUGGCGGGGGAUACGACAACCAGGGCUACGACGGCGAGCUCAAGCCGCCCCCGGGAAGCCCGAAGUCGGACGCCGACAACAAGUCCAACAAGAUAAAACUAACGCCAGGAGAAAAAUGGAGGAUACUGAAGAACAUAGCCGCCGUCUCUUUGGCCUUCAUGGUCCAGUUCACGGCGUUCCAGGGCAUCGCGAACCUCCAGAGCUCGAUCAACGCCCAGGACGGUCUGGGCACCGUUUCCCUCUCGGCAGUAUACGCCGCCCUAGUCGUUUCCUGCAUCUUCGUACCUACUUUUCUAAUUAAAAGGCUCACGGUCAAAUGGACCCUGUGCUUUUCCAUGAUGUGCUACGCUCCAUACAUCGGAUUCCAGAUCUAUCCCAAAUUUUACACGCUGGUGCCAGCCGGUGUUCUGCUGGGUCUGGGCGCAGCGCCGAUGUGGGCAGCAAAGGCGACCUAUUUGACCCAAGCGGCCGCGGUGUACGCCAAGCUGACCGACCAGCAGGUGGACGCCAUCGUCGUCAGGUUCUUCGGAUUCUUCUUCCUUGCCUGGCAGACGGCCGAACUUUGGGGCAACCUCAUCUCUUCCCUGGUUUUGGGAGCCAAUGUACAUGGAGGCGGCGGAAGUGCUGUGAACGCUUCGGCUGCGGAAGACGAGCUGAGGCACUGCGGCGCCAAUUUCUGCUUCAUCGGCGGUUCUCACGGGAUCGAGAGGCCACCAGACGGCGAAAUCCUCACAAUAUCCAUGAUCUACCUGGUUUGUGUCAUCUGCGCUGUCAUAAUGGUGGCGAUCUUCGUCGAUCCACUUUCGAGGUACGGUGAGAAGCAAAGAAGGACGGACUCGGCGGAACUGAGCGGAAUCCAGCUACUCUCCGCGACCGCCAACCAUCUCAAGAAGCCAUACCAACAGCUGCUGAUUCCGAUCACCGUCUGGAUCGGGAUGGAGCAGGCCUUCAUCGGCGCUGAUUUUACACAGGCGUAUGUCUCUUGCGCUCUGGGAGUUCCAAACGUCGGUUACGUUAUGAUAUGCUUCGGUGUGGUGAACGCCAUAUGCUCCUUGGUCUUCGGGACUCUCAUGAAGUACAUCGGAAGAUUCCCGAUCAUGGCGCUGGGUGCCUUGGUCCACGCUGGUCUCGUCAUCAUUCUGCUCUACUGGAGGCCACACCCGGCAUCGCCGCUCGUCUUCUUCGCCAUCUCGGGACUCUGGGGUGUCGGCGACGCCGUCUGGCAGACUCAAGUCAACGGUCUUUAUGGUACGCUGUUUAGAAGAAACAAGGAAGCCGCUUUCAGUAACUACAGGCUGUGGGAAAGUGCCGGUUUCGUCGUUGCAUACGCUUACAGCACUCAUUUGUGCGCCAGGAUGAAACUGCACGUGAUGCUCACCGUUCUCAUAAUCGGUUCGAUCGGCUACUGCAUAGUUGAGAUCCUCCACAAGAGGAAGAAGCAGAGGAUGAAGAAGGCGGCUGAAGCUCAGAUCGAUAACAAAAUUGUUCCUCCAGUACCUGUCGUUGAAGAAACCGAUGACGAAAAGGAUGAUAUUGACGACGAGAUGAUAAUCACUCACUUGUAAAUAUCUGAACGUCUUUAGAGAAAAUUAUGAUGAAUAUGCGGUGAUAACUUAACAGACCCAGGACUGGCAGACCGGGUUUCUAUUACGCUCGAACUGAAGAGAAAUUUUAUCUUUUAAAAUACGAAAACAAACUCGUUGAGAUUGUUUGUAAUAGAAUGUGUAAAUAAUUAAUGUAGUGGGUCUAUAAGGCUCCUUAGAAUCUAUGAACAACCAAUACUCAGCGUAUGCAUGUAAGUGUGAAACAUGUAAGUAAUUAGUAUGAAUGAUUUUGUGUAUAUUUAGGUAUGAUAGUAUUUCACAAACAGUAUUCUCAGCCAUUUUUUUAUAUAUAUUAUUUAAUAAUUGUAACAGACACAA